UCAUUGCCCAAUGCUCAUUGAGGAUCACUGAUUACUGUUAAAUAGUCUACUUUAGUCGUGGUAUACUGCUGUCCAUAACUACUAUGCUACCGUCAGGAUCUCGUACUUGUACCCGCCAUACUUAGUACGCAGAUUUAUUGUUAUUUAAGUGAAAUAACUCAUCGCACCACGAUGAAUCGCCCGAAUUAUAAUCAAAACUACAAAUUGGUAGUCGUCGGAGGCGGCGGUGUUGGGAAGUCUGCAAUCACUAUACAAUUCAUACAGAAAUAUUUCGUGACAGACUAUGAUCCAACAAUUGAAGAUUCAUACACAAAGCAAUGUGUAGUUGAUGAUGUUCCAGCAAAACUAGAUAUUUUGGAUACUGCUGGACAAGAAGAAUUUAGUGCCAUGAGAGAACAAUAUAUGAGAUCUGGUGAAGGGUUUUUAUUAGUGUUUUCUGUAGCAGAUAAAACUAGUUUCAAUGAGAUGGAAAAAUUUCAUAGACAAAUACUUCGAGUUAAAGAUAGGGAUGAAUUUCCUAUGCUGAUGGUUGGAAAUAAGGCAGAUUUAAGUAGUCAAAGAAUGGUUUCUAUACAAGAUGCACAAAGUAUGGCCAUGCAACUAAAAAUACCUUACAUAGAAUGCAGUGCUAAAGCAGGGAUGAACAUCGACCAAUCAUUCCAUGAACUUGUUCGAAUUGUAAGAAGGUUUCAACUAUCUGAAAGACCACCAAUCAAAUCUACGCCACAGAAAAGUUCAAAAAAGUGUUCCAUACUUUAGCAGUUUAUGCUGUUAAAUAUACAAUGCGGGUAUACUACAUAC